AUUUAUAUCUAUAAUACUUCCGCCAUUUUUAACACAAAAUUUUACAAAACCCGAAGUUCUCCAAAAACUACAUUUCAGUAUUUAAAUUUUAAUUAACAUACAUAAUUUUAACCUAUCUCAUUUUUCGAAUUUUUAGAAUAGCCCCUGUAAACCAGCGAAACUUAAUUGUGAACGUUCCACGUAUAACCAGUAUACUGUUUAUAAACAUUGACAUACUGAUUAAAGUGGUCCGACGUAAACAAAUUAGCAAUGUGGGAUUUUCACCGGUCUGUAGUUCACAAUUUGCGCUCCAAUCUCUCCCGUUAAAAAUCCGAUGAUGCUUUCACAUGACGCAAACCACUUACGCGCGAUUGACCGUUGAUCCAAAUACAAACCAGCGACAUUCAAUGCUAAGUAGACAUGCGCCAGCAACAUGAAACUCUAUUUGAACGUAAUUAAUUUGAAUAACCGGCUGUAUUUGUAUACCGUAGUAAUAUUUGGCUUUAAUGAGUCGUUUUUGAGUUGAUUUACAUUGAAAUGUAAUCAGUAUUUAUAAAAGUGUUUGUGGAUUGCCAGUCUAAAUAUAACAAUGUUAAUGGUUUAGCAUUGUUGAGUUGGUACCACUGAUUGUCACUACCAACAUAACAGUUGUCACUUUACUUUGUCGAACUCCGUUCUUUUUGUUUGUGAUCAGAAGUAAUCGUGUUGUUUGUAAAAAUCUCCCCCUAGUAAAAACAUGGAAAACCCAGAGGAGCUGUUGCAGAGCCUCGAAGAAUUCUCGAAAGUGAAACCACGACACAUUCCCGACGAGCUCGAAGGCUAUCUGAUAUUUGUGGCACAAACUGGAGAUCCAGUGUACCAGUGGCCAACAAUAAAAACCUUGUUUCGCCAAAAGUUAAUUAACGUAAUAACCAAUUUUUAUCAGUCUUGUGACACGGUCGAAAUACCCGUAUGCCCCAACGUAGAACUUUUCAAUUUUGAUACAAUGAAAAACUUCAUACUCGAAAAACUAGAUACGUUUGUCGCCGCCCCGUUCACAGUACAAAGAAUAUGCGAACUUUUGACCAACCCGCGUAAAGAAUACAACCGGCUGGAUAAGUAUAUGAGGGCUCUUGAGAAGAACAUUCUGGUAGUAAGCACGAUGGAACCCGGAGGCAGACAUGGUGCCAAAAAUGGAGAUAGUGUGAUGAAUGGGAUUGAUUCUGAACACAUUCCAGAAUCUAGUCACUGUAAUAAUGACAUCAAUGUGGAGGAAAUGGAUGAAACGCCUGCCUGGAAGAAGACCAACUCCAUUAAUGAAAACACUGACACCAGCUCAAAUAUCCAAACAGAGGCUGUUAAAGAGGAAAAUCUGGAUCCGGAAAACAAAGAAGCUGAAGCCUGCAAUGCUAAGGACAGUACUGUUAUUGCAACAAGAAGCACUGAGGAAUCUGUAAAGGAAGAACCCUAUGUAUCAAUAGAACCCGUGAUUGAAGCUACUUGCACAGUCACAGAGGAAUCUGAGACCAGCUCUUCUGUAACCAUAACGGCAGUUCCAGCUGGUGUGCAGAAAAGAAGAAGCAGUGUGGAGCCUGAAGUUAAUUCAGAGGGAGACAAUAAAGAGACCACAGAAAUUAUAGAAGGGCCUAAGGAGCCUGUAAAAGAAACAAACGAAGCAGAAAACAAGCUCGAAGAAGUUGUUAAAGACGAAGACAGAAUAAUUUUGACUUCCACCGAUUCAGGAAUUGAAAAUAUAUCUCCCGAAUCGAGCACGUCUUCGCCUGAAAAUUUACAAAACGAAUUUGAAUCGUGCACCGAAUCGACUGCAGCAGAAACUUUUACAUCUUCAGAACUGCCAGAGGAAAGUAACCCAAGUAUUGUUGACUCAAGCAACGCCAACGAACCAAUGGAGGACGUGAAAGUUAAUGAAGUGAUUGAUCAGAUAACAGAAGAAAAAUUAAGCAAAGAUGAGGAAACUCUGAUUAUUAGUGAAUCUGUCCAGGCCAAAGACUUUGAAGUGAGUUCAUCAGUAACUGAGGAUCCCAAAGGAGAGGUGAGUGCGAUGGAGACUGUUGAAGAAUCAGCUGAAGUAAAAGUGGAAGAGAAAAUAGAAGAAUCACAAACAGAAGCACUGAAGGAAACAAAUGAUGAUAAAGCAAAGGAAGUCAAGAUUGACGAGAAUGAUCCCAAGACUGAAACUCCCAUGGAUGUGGACAGCUCAAGUGAUACAACAGAAAUGGCGUCAGAGGUAAACUCUGUAUCUGAUGUGUAGGUUUCAAAUGUAUUUUACUUGGGGGAUAAGGUAAUGUUAAAAUUUGAGGUAACUGACACUUAGGGACAAAUUGAGGUCAUAAUAGGAAAUCCUCUGUAAGAACUUGAAUAAAAAUUCCUUUAUAAUUUGGUAGUGGUAGACGUUUUCCGUUCCGUCAAAAUAUUAUUUUUGUUCUGUGAUUACUGUUCUAUUUAACAUAAAAUAUUUAAAUGAAAAGGUCUACUUUAGGGAUGCAUUUUUAUACAAUUAUGUUCAAAGCCACAUAUUUAUAUUUUGCUGAGAAGCAUAAAACUUGUACGUUUUACAGUGAUGCCCGUCUCAAAAUCAGUUUAAUUUUUAAGUGAGAGUCUACAAGGAACUAUUAGUGUAUUUUAUAAUUGAACUGGUUUUUGGGACGGGUCCGAUGUAACAUAUCAUUUUAUCAUAUUUUCAUUUGAAUUGCUAAUUUACUAGCCAAUUGACAGAGAUACUCCUUUUAGUCAUAAGAACCACAGGAUUAUUAGAUUUAAUUUUUUAAAAUUUGUAUCUAGUUUUAAAAUGUUUCUACAUAUGAAGAACUGAUUAAAGAUUACUUAAAUUUC